CAACUAUCAACUCGCUCUUAACAAUGUCGACGGGAACCGCGCAAGACACACCAGCUUCAAGCUGGCGUUCUCAGACGAAUUUGCUGCAACUGGUAUUCACGAAUGAUUACCACAAGUUCCCGACGCCGCACGUCACCCGCUCCGAACACGCGCAGCAAGUCAUGAAAUCACAUAUUGGCUGUGACCUCCUUCUCGAUUCGAACGGAAUAGUCUUUCCAAUCCAUUCGGCAUGGGCUCUUUGCGGCCCAGCUGCAGACUGGAUGGUUCUCAGCUUGUUCCUAGGUACUCCGAGCAAGCAAUUCACGAUUCCAUUCCCGGCGUUUUCUCCGAUCAUCGUGGAUCGAUUCGUAAACUUUCUCUAUCUCGGCACAUACCAGCGACACAUUGAGGGCGAGAUAUCGAACAUUGGUCAUGCGCAGAACAAGCCGGACACCCCUUAUAACGACGCAACCCAGAAGAUGAAGUCGGUGCGAUUCCAUUUGGAGAUGAUCAAAUUCGCCGAGUUCCUGGAGUACCCUGCUCUUAUUGACACGGCAUAUGUCAAGCUGAUCGAGCAACUUCUAAUGAGGAGCCGGUUCGAUCCUAAAGCCAUGAAAGACUUUGUUACAUGGACCUUCGGUUCCGCUAAGAUCUGCAUCGACAAGGACGGUUUGCUGAAACAUCUCAUCGUGACGGCAGCUAUAGCGCACGAGUAUAAACGUUGGGACAAGCGUGUUCUAAAUGCCUUCCUAGAUCUCAUUCAGGAUAACCUGGAGUUCCUUGGAUAUCUCAACAACGCGAAGGAGAAGCAUAAGAAGAUAUUGAAGGAGACAUUAGAACAGAAACAGACAGAGAGGCAGAACAGGACGAACAAGAAGCGGGCUAAGGUUGAGGAGUAGGUCGCCCAUGAAACUGAGCGAUAGGAGGCAUUGUGCUUGCCUUGGAGAUGGGAAAGAAGGGAAGGCUAUGAUUCGAAGUAAUAAAGCGCACUACUGGAGGAAUGAAUAGUAAUCUAGUGUGUAAGGUUAAACACUACACUUAAUGUUUCUUCCUUGAGGUCGUAGAAGCUCCAAGACACUGUCAUUGUAUUCUACUGAAUAAAUGAUCUCUAUGAUACACUGA